GCUCGCUGAGAGCCGGGGCGCUGGACAGGGGAACAGGGACACUGCGAACAGAAGACAAAAAAACGGUCGAUCGGAAAACAGAAGGCGGAACCAGGGUAUCGCGCGAGCUCGGCUUGCCUCUCCCGUGAGCCUCGGCGGGGAUCCACCUCCCCCUCCGCUGGACGCCCUCGGCCCUUAGUUUGUCCCAGUGGGGAGGCGACCUGGUCGUCACGUGCUCCUCCAGGUCCUCUGCAGGAGCGUGCAUCCUGCCUUGGGUACGCUGAGCCAUGGCAGCCCUGCUGAGACCCGCGCGUUGGCUGCUCGGGGCCGCGGCGGCCCCGCGCCUCCCGCUGUCCCUGCGCCUCCCUGCGGGCGGCCCCGGCCGUCUGUCCUCCGUCGCCCGGGUUGCGGCUGUUGGUGGCCGGCCCGCUGCAGGAGAGCUACUGAGCCAAGCCAGAUUGUAUGCCAUUGUUGCUGAAAAAAGGGACCUUCAAGAGGAGCCUGCUCCUGUGAGAAAGAGUGGCAGUCAGUUUGACUGGGCUCUGAUGAGACUGGAUAAUUCUGUCCGGAGAACAGGCCGGAUUACGAAGGGGCUCCUGCAGAAAGUCUUUGAGAGCACGUGUCGCUCAGGUAACCCAGGGAGCAAUCAAGCCCUGCUUCUGCUGCGCAGCUGUGGCUCACUCCUGCCCGAACUGAGUCUCGCGGAGAGGACAGAGUUUGCUCAUAAGAUCUGGGAAAAACUUCAGCAGUUAGGUGUCGUAUAUGAUGUCAGUCAUUACAAUGCUUUACUUAAAGUAUAUCUUCAAAAUGAAUACAAAUUUUCACCUACUGAUUUCCUGGCAAAGAUGGAGGGAGCAAACAUCCAGCCGAAUCGAGUAACAUACCAGAGGCUGAUAGCUGCCUACUGUAAUGUUGGAGACAUUGAAGGUGCCAGCAAGAUCCUCGGAUUUAUGAAAGCGAAGGACCUUCCGAUCACGGAGGCCGUGUUCAGCGCUCUCAUCACAGGGCAUGCGAGAGCUGGGGAUAUGGAAAAUGCAGAAAAUAUUCUCACAGUGAUGAAACAGGCCGGCAUUGAGCCUGGGCCAGACACAUAUCUGGCCUUGUUGAAUGCACAUGCUGAGAGGGGUGACAUUGGCCAUGUUAAGCAGAUUCUGGAGAAAGUGGAGAAGUCGGACCAUUACUUCAUGGACCGUGACUUCUUGCAAGUUAUUGUUAGCUUUAGUAAGGCUGGAUAUCCUCAGUAUAUCUCAGAAAUUCUGGAGAAGAUUACCUAUGAAAGAAGAUCUAUUCCAGAUGCAAUGAACCUCAUUUUGCUUUUAGUCACUGAGAAGUUAGAAGACACUGCGUUCCAGGUUUUAUUGGCAUUACCCCUGUCCAAGGAUGAGACCUCCAAUAAUAUUGGCAGUUUCUUUUUGCGGCACUGUGUGACUAUGGAUACGCCCCCUGAGAAGCUGAUAGACUACUGUCGGAGGCUGAGGGACGCCAAGCUGCACAGCUCCUCCCUGCAGUUCACACUGCACUGUGCUCUUCAAGCCAAUAAGACAGAUUUGGCAAAAGCAGUGAUGGAGGCUUUGAGGGAAGAAGGGUUUCCUAUCCGACCUCACUAUUUCUGGCCGUUGCUUGCUGGGCAUCAGAAAACAAAAAAUGUUCAAGGAAUAAUAGAUAUCCUCAAAAUAAUGAACGAAAUGGCAGUGGAUCCUGAUCAGGAAACAUAUAUAAACUAUGUGUUUCCAUGCUUUGAUAAUGCACAGUCAGUUCGAGCUGCUUUGCAGGAAAAUAAAUGUCUCUUUAAAAGUACUACGCUUGCUCAGGCUGAAGUGAGAAAUGAAGCAAUAAAUGGGAAUUUACAGAACAUUUUGUCAUUUUUGGAAUCGAAUACCUUGCCUUUCUCCUUUAGUUCCUUGAGAAACAGCCUGAUUCUAGGCUUUAGGAGGUCGAUGAAUAUAGAUCUUUGGAGCAAGAUAACAGAAUUGUUGUACACGGAUGGACGCUAUUGCUCAAAGCCUCUGGAACCAACAGAAGCUGUUGGCUAUUUUCUUUAUAACUUGAUUGACAGCAUGAGUGACUCAGAGGUACAGGCCAAGGAGGAGCAUUUGAGACAAUACUUCCAUCAGCUGCAGGAGAUGAAUGUUAAAGUUCCUGAAAACAUCUACAAAGGCAUUUGUAAUUUGCUGAAUAACUACCAUGUUCCUGAAUUGAUUAAGGACAUUAAGGUUCUGGUUGACAGAGAGAAGGUAGAUUCUCAAAAAACUUCCCAGGUUACCUCAUCUGAUUUGGAAUCAACACUUGAGAAACUCAAAGCCGAAGGCCAACCUGUAGGAGCUGUCCUGAAGCAGCUGCUCCUGCUGCUCUGCUCAGAGGAGAAUAUGCAAAAGGCCCUAGAGGUGAAAGCAAAAUAUGAGUCAGACAUGGUUAUUGGAGGCUAUGCAGCGUUAAUAAAUUUGUGCUGUCGACAUGAUAAUGCAGAAGAUGCAUGGAACUUGAAACAAGAAGUUGACCGCUUAGAUCCUUCGGCUCUUCUUGACACUGCCAAGUACACAGCCCUUGUAAAAGUAUUGGGAAAGCAUGGCAGACUCCAAGAUGCUAUUAACAUUCUAAAGGAGAUGAAAGAGAAGGAUGUUGUUAUCAAAGAUGCAACAGUCUUGUCCUUUUUCCACAUCCUCAAUGGUGCAGCUUUGAGAGGUGAAACUGAAACAGUGAAACAGCUGCAUGAAGCCAUCGUGACGCUUGGGUUGGCAAAGCCGUCCAGCAACAUAAGCUUCCCAUUGGUCACUGUGCACCUGGAAAAGGAUGACUUACCUGCUGCUCUUGAAGCCAGCAUUGCCUGCCAUGAAAAAUAUAAAAUAUUACCCAGGAUUCAUGAUGUCUUAUGCAAGCUAAUAGAGAAAGGCGAGACUGAUUUAAUCCAGAAAGCAAUGGACUUUGUGAGCCAAGAACAAGGCGAGAUGACGAUGCUCUACGACCUCUUCUUUGCUUUCCUGCAGACAGGGAAUUACAAAGAGGCCAAGAAGAUCAUUGAGACUCCAGGUAUUCGAGCUCGGCCUGCAAGACUCCAGUGGUUUUGUGAUAGAUGCAUUGCCAGUAAUCAGGCUGAAACUCUUGAAAAGUUGGUAGAGCUGACUGAGAAGCUGUUUGAGUGCGACAGAGACCAGAUGUACUACAGCUUACUGAAGCUAUACAAAAUAAGCAACGACUGGCAAAGAGCGGAUGCUGUGUGGAACAAAAUACAAGAAGAGAACAUUAUCCCUCGAGAGCGGACACUGCGGCUGUUAGCUGAGAUCUUGAAAACCAGCAACCAGCAAGUUCCUUUCGACGUUCCAGAGCUGUGGUUUGGAGAUGACAGACCUUCCCUGAGCUCAUCCUCACCCCCAGCAGGAGACACCGUUACUGAGAAGACGUUGUUGUCUGACUGCAGACUAAAGAAGAAUAAAGAUGCAUAUAAUAUCUUCCUUAAAGCUGAAAAGCAAAACGUCGUAUUUAGCAGUGAAACUUACAGCACCUUGAUAGGCUUGCUGCUGAGUAAGGACGACUUCACACAAGCAAUGCACGUGAAAGAUUUCGCUGAGACCCACAUCAAGGGCUUCACACUGAACGAUGCUGCCAACAGCCUCCUCAUCAUAAGGCAAGUUAGGCGGGAUUAUUUGAAAGCGGCUCUGGCAACUCUGAGAGCAACCUUGGAUCUGGAGCAGGUUCCGUCCGAGCUCGCCGUGACCCGCCUCAUCCAGGCGUUGGCCUUGAAGGGUGAUGUGGAAAGCAUAGAGGCCAUUCAGAAGAUGGUGAAUGGACUUGACACAAUUGGACUCUCAAAAAUGGUUUUUAUCAAUAACAUCGCUUUGGCCCAGAUGAAGAAUAAUAAAAUUGAUGCUGCCAUAGAAAACAUUGAGCACAUGCUUGCUUCAGAGAACCAAGUCAUAGAACCUCAGUACUUUGGCUUGUCAUAUCUAUUCAGAAAAGUAAUAGAAGAGCAGAUGGGACCAGCGCUAGAAAAGUUAAGCAUCAUGUCUGAGAGGUUGGCGAAUCAGUUUGCACUUUACAAGCCGGUCACUGAUCUCUUCCUACAGCUUGUGGAUUCAGGCAAGGUGGAUGAGGCCAGAGCUCUCUUAGAGAGAUGCAGUGCCAUUGCCGAGCAGAGCUCAAUUCUGUCGGUGUUCUGUCUCAGGACUGCUCAGAAACCGAAAAAGGCACCAGUUCUGAAGACCUUGUUAGAACUGAUUCCUGAGUUACGUGAAAAUCAUAAAGUAUAUUCUUGCAGCAUGAAAAGCUAUGUCUUAGACAAAGAUGUGGCCUCUGCUAAAGCACUGUAUGAGCAUUUGACAGCCAAGAACUUGAAGCUGGACGACCUGUUUCUCAAGCGCUAUGCAUCUUUGCUCAAGGAUGUUGGCGAGCCAGUCCCCUUCCCCGAGCCCCCUGAAAGCUUUGCAUUUUAUAUAAAGCAACUAAAGGAAGCACAGGAAAACCCUUCAUGAGAGAAGCAGAACAGUUGUGUGUGUGUGUGUGUGUGUGUGUGUGUGUCUGUCUGUCUGUCUGUCUGUCUGUCUGUCUGUCUGUCUGUGCACACGUUCCUGUGUCUAAAUGUUAUUUCUAAAAUGUACUUGAGAGGAAAAUAAACAAAUGAAAAUUUAA